GGGCCGGGUGGAGUUGCCGGUCCCGGCAGCCCGAGGUGCCGGGGCGGGGCGGGGCGGAGCGGAGCAGCCCGUCCCUGCGCGGUCCCGGCGCUGCUCGGCGCGCUCCGGCCUCGCCCGAGUCCUCUGGCCCAGGCUCGGAGCCGCUUUCCCGGGACACGGAGCGGGAGCUGCCCGCGGGCCGCUGCAGGAGGAGCAAUUCCCGCCCUGGCCAGUCUCCGUGCUCUGGGGUUUGGAGCAGCAUGGAUCGGUACCGGUAUUUCAUCUUUAACCAGAGGAACAUGGUCGUGCUGGGCAUGUUCCAGAUCGCCUUCAGCGCCGUCUGUGUCACCUGUGGGUUCAUAGAUGGUGCUCUCAGAACAGAGUCUCAGCUGGGCAAAACCAGAGCUCCAGUUUGGGCUGGCAUGGUGAUGGGAGUCCCAGGCGUCCUGGCUUUGUUCUCCUCACAGAGGAAGAAUCCAGUUCUCGUGAAUGUACUGAUAGCUGCUUCCAUAAUCUCUUGUGCUGCCAUCCUCAUUGUGAUAGUUUAUAGCUCCUUCACACUGAGCUAUGGUGAAGAGGAGGAGCUGAGUUCUGCCCCAGUCCAUGUUAUCCAUACUAGGUUCAUACUCAGUAAGGUUGUCAAGGGUGCUAACAUAGCCAUGCUGGCUGCAUCCAUCUGCAGUGCCUCCCUUGUGCUGGCCAUGGCUUACCUGGGGUGCCGGAGUCUGCCACGCUGCUCCUGCUAUGACAGUGUCACUGGGAUGGAAUGGUUGCAGCCUAGUGAGGACCAAAGUCAGGCUGUGGAAAUGGUUUGUGCUGUACAAAGCCCUGGGGGGAGAAUUUUCACAGAUCGCUUUCCAGCCCAGGAUGUAGAUGCAGAAGAAGACACAGCCAAACCUCCACCAUACAUCAGAAUGACUUGAAAAAGUGGCUGAACAUUUUGUUCAAAGGUGGCAAAAAAGAUGCAAGGAGUUCUUAAUCUUUAAAGAUGGUUAUGCACUUUUCCUUGGCCAUUUGAAAAACACACACACACGGAGUGAAUGGCCAACACUGAGCAGAGAUCACAGUGCAGAGGGAAAGAUCUGCAGGUGAUUUUGAACUUUCAGACUUUGUACAGUGAAAAUACCUCAUUGCCUCUGGAAAGUGAAAGCAUUUUUUCCUCUGGCUUUUGUACUUAAAUCAUGUCUUAUUUCACUAGAA